GACGUAACACAUACGGGGGAGAAGGAACGAGAGCGGUGCCAAAGAAAAGAACAGAGUAAAAAUCAAAACUCUCAAGUCUGCCUAACCUAAUCCGAUAGUGACCCUCUAACCUAAACUACUAAAAAUAAAUACGAAAAACAAAACCUAACUGGCCGUUCUACGCUAUUUAUAUCAAACAAAGUACAGGGAGUGGCACCCGCCCCUAACCUAGUGUGUCUAUACAGUGAUCUACCUACGUGCGAGCAGACGUGUCAGUGAAUAUAACAUAAACCGUAUCUUACCUGUUCACUUCUCCCCAGACAAUACACAGUAUAACAAAUAAUAACAAGGGGUAGAAGACACUUGGAAACAAUUAAGUGGCAAACACACACGCAGGAAUACACAAGCACAACAAAUGACAUGCGGAUAAUUACAGAAUACAGUGGAAAUGAGCAAGUAUGGCAUGAAGCCCGGCGACGGAGAACGGAAGGGUUUUUGAAUUGUCGCGCUGUUUCGGAUUGGGUGCUGGAGCGGGGCUCGAAUGAUGAGUGACGUGCCGGGAACCAAUAGCAGAUGGACACCUAGAUGAAGGAGAUGCGUGGAGAGGAGAAUGGAAAAACACAGAGGAGAAAGAAAACAACAAAACAAACACAUACACACGCGUGGGGACGUAACACCUGAUUUCCAUCUCUUUAUAGAGUAUAUAUAACCGAGCGAUUCUGUCAUCUCACCCAGCACAGCUCCACACUCUGAUCCAGAGUCCAGCAGCUCCUCUCUCUGAUCCAGAGUCCUGCACCUCCUCUCUCUCUGCUUGCAGUCUCCAGUCAAAAUGAACCCAGCGAUGAAACUGAGCGCUCUGCUGAUCGUCGUGCUGCUCGGCUCUCUAGAGCUUGUCUCUUCUGCUGCGGGCUCUGGCACAGGGGCGGACUGCUGCACAAAAUAUGAAAAAAGGAAGAUCCCACUAGCAAUGGUGGUCUCCUGGCAUGAAACCAGCAGCAGCUGUCCCAAAGCAGCCUAUGUGUUUGUUACCAAACGCGGAAAGCGCAUAUGUGUGGAUCCUACUCAUGGUUGGGUGAAGAGCCACGCAGCUCAGGUGGACAGCAGGUCAGCCACCACUGUAGUGCCAGGAACCAGCAAGAUGAACACUAAAGCCUAAGGACAGCCCUAACACCCCAGCGGGCUGUCAAUCUGUACGAAGACUUCCUGUUGGACACUGCGAUGGGACACACAAGAACAUAAGACUGGAAUGUGUCUAAUUACAUCUGAUAUUCCUGGAUUUCAUUCAUGCAAUACUGUCUGUUCCUUUCCUGUUCAUAAUGCAUUGUUCCUUUUCCUAUAUUCAUUUUUGUGUGUUAUAAGUUGUACAUAACAUUUUUCCAGGUAACUUAUUAAAUGCUUUUGUAACAAA